AUGCCGCCCCAAACGACGGAUAAUUUGGAGAGCUUAGUAAACUUUGCGCUUGAAGUGCAAAAUGUUUGCGCAUCUAUGAAGGCUUCUGGGCUACAGGCACAUCUCAAUAACCCAGAACUGGAACAGAAAUUAGUAUCUAAGCUGCCCGCCAUAUUUCAAGCGUUCUGGGGAAUGCACAAAUUGUCACUGACCGAAAGCAAUCUGGAAAAUUUCAGUAAAUGGUUGUUCCAGCUGGCCCAAGGUGCCAACAGCGUUAUUAAACCCAAUUCGCAGAAGGAACGUAAGCGUGCGAAAAUCAAGGACUAUUGCAGAAAGGGCUACGUGCGUAAAUUAUUACCCGAAGAAGAAAAUGCUAAAAAAUACUGGUACUUGCCUGUGUUUCCCGUUGUGAAUCCCAACAAACCCAAUAAAGUACGCUCAGUUUGGGACGCAGCCGCUAAGGUCAACGGCGUAUCAUUAAAUACAGUACUUUUAAAAGGCCCUGAUCAGCUAACAUCACUUUUAUCCAUAUUGUUCAAAUUCCGCCAACGAAAGAUUGCAAUUGGUGGUGACAUAGCGGAGAUGUUCCACCAAGUUCUUAUUAGGUCGGAAGAUCAAAACUACCAGCGUUUUCUUUGGUAUGAUCCAGGGGCUCAACAACCUACAACGUAUAUUAUGACGGUCAUGACCUUCGGCGCCACCUGCUCUCCUAGCAGCGCUCAAUAUGUGAAAAACAAAAAUGCCGAGAGGUACAGUAAUCGUUAUCCUAGAGCUACACAGAUCAUCGUGGAGAACCAUUAUGUCGAUGACAUGCUCGACAGUGUAGACACCGAAGACAAGGCAUUACAGCUAGCUAUGGACGUACGGAAGAUACACGCAAAAGGUGGGUUCGUCAUUCGAAAUUGGGUGUCGAACUCUAAAGCAGUACUAAAGAAACUCAAUGCAGAAUGCACGGAAGGCAUCAACCUCGACAUUGAGAGCGACCUGGCUACCGAAAAAUGCUUGGCAUGUGGUGGGCGACUACGGAUGACAGUAUUACAUUUAGGAUGUCUGAACACAUGCGGGGCAGUGACCUAA